AUGUAUUCGGCGCUGUUGACCCUCGGAUGGACGGCCAUUGCCACCGCCCACGCCGGGCAUGAGCAAAAGACCAUUGCGGGACCCCACCAGUCACUGUGGUAUAACACGCUUCCCGGAGAUGGCGGCACCCAAGCGGACUCGGUCUUCUCCGGGAUCUCUACCUUUGGCCGUCUCCCCUACCAGCCCUGCCUCCAGAACCCCGACGCUAUUUAUGACAUUGCCUUCAUCGGUGCUCCGUUCGAUACUGGAACAUCGUACCGGCCAGGCGCUCGCUUCGGCCCGUCUGGUAUCCGCCAGGGCUCUCGCCGACUGAAUCUCUAUGGAGGGUACAAUGUGCCCCUGAAGACCAACCCGUUUAACAGCUGGGCAACGGUGCUCGACUGCGGUGACAUCCCCGUUACCUCCUAUGACAACACUUGGGCCCUUCACCAGAUCGAAGAAGGCCAUUUCCAAAUCCUCUCACGCCCUCCCGCGACAGAUGCAGACAAGAGGGGCCCCGCCAUCAAGGGCCGGACGCUGCCCCGAGUCAUCACGCUUGGCGGAGACCACACCAUCACCCUGCCCUUGCUGCGGUCGAUCAACCGUGCUUAUGGUCCCGUCUCAGUGAUCCACUUUGACAGCCAUUUAGACACCUGGAAGCCCAAGGUAUUCGGCGGCUCGCCCUCGGAGGUUGCGGCGGUCAACCACGGCACCUACUUCUACCACGCCGCCAUGGAGGGCCUGCUCGCCAACGACACCAACAUCCACGCGGGCAUCCGCACGACGCUGAGCGGGCCCAGCGACUACGACAACGACGGCUACUGCGGCUUCGAGAUUGUCGAGGCGCGCGAGAUCGACACCAUCGGCACCGACGGCAUCAUCAAGCGCAUCGUCGACCGCAUCGGCACCGAGAGGCCCGUGUACCUGUCCAUCGACAUCGACACGCUCGACCCGGCCUUUGCCCCGGCCACUGGCACGCCUGAGACCGGGGGCUGGUCGACGCGCGAGCUGAGGACUAUCCUGCGCGGACUGGAGAAUCUGAAUUUGAUUGCUGCGGAUAUUGUUGAGGUUGCUCCGGCGUACGACACGAAUGCGGAGCACACUACCAUGGCUGCGGCCGAUGUGCUGUAUGAGGUGAUGAGCAUCAUGGUGAAGAAGGGUCCGCUGAGCAAAAUGGUGGAGAGCAAGCGGACGGAUGACUUGUGA